AUGUGUGAUAUUGGUGACAAUGAUUUGCUAACAACUCUAUUUAGUGACAUUUUGCAGCGGAAUGAUGUAACAAUUUGUACAGACUCAUCAUUAAGAAAUGAUAAACUAUUACAUGAAUAUGUUAAUACUUGUAAAAAUAUAGAGCAUAGCUUAUGUAAAUAUAGUAAUAGAAAUAAUAGCUCAAUAUGUCGAUGUCAAAGUAAAAAGCAAAUAAAUGGUGAAAUGUACAAUAGAUCACGUAAACGAAGUUAUCGUUAUAGUGGAGCAUGUAUAGAACCAAAUAUGAAUUUAAAACAGUUAAAUGUGACUAGUGAAUUUGAAAUUGGAGAAACUAACUCAAAGUAUCUUGAUUCAAAUAUUGAUAUUCUAAAUAAUGUGGGUAACAACCCUUAUUCAUUGUUUGGUGGCUGUUUUAUUGACCUAACAAGAAUAAAUUGUUGUAUAGAACAUUUUUAUAGUAUUGGAUCACUUCUUAAUAGUAAUAAAAAAUCUGUUGAUAAAGAAGGUAAAAUAUUGCAAAAUCAAAAUGGAAGACAAGAUAAUUUGAGUAGUAAUCGUCCUCAACUAUAUUGGGCUUAUCAUAAAGCAACAGGAUUUCCUGUUGUUAUUAAAAUAGUAAAAAAAUCUAGAAUAUUAUCAUCAUUUCCAGGAAGUUAUCAAUUAUGGAGAAAUUUAUGCAUGAAAUUAUUAUCAUUACCAUUUCAUCCCAAUGUAAUGAAAAUAUUUCAGGUUCUAGAAGAUGAAACAAACUUUUAUUUGAUUAUGGAAGGUUUAGAAGGUGGUGAACUUUUCCAAUUUCUUGUUACAGAGCAAGCUAUUCCAGAAGAAACAUGUAAAUAUAUUAUUCGGCAAAUUUUGGAAAGUGUAAAUCAUCUUCAUUGUCUUCAAAUGUUACAUAGAGAUGUAAAACCAGAGAAUUUAAUGUUUAGAUAUAAGAGAAAUUCUGAUAAUAAUUUACUUUCUCCAUGUACAGUUUCAUCUAAAUCAACAGUUUCAAGUUCUGUAAGUACAGAUGACUACAAAAUUUCUAAUAAGGAAGAUCCUAUUGCUCAUCUUUCUUUAAAAAAAUCUAGAGAAUAUUUUGAAGUAGUACUUGUAGAUUUUGAUACAUGUCAAUUACUAAAUGAUAGUUCUUAUAUGCAAAUGGUCAAGCUAAAAAAAAGACUUGUUGGGACAUUUGGUUACUUAGCUCCAGAAGUAUUAAAUGGUGGGGAGUAUUCAACUGCAUCUGAUCUAUGGAGUAUUGGAAUUAUUUUGUAUAUAUUAAUGACCGGUAUUCCACCACUACGUAUAGAUUUAAUGUGUGACUAUAAUAAAGCUCUUGAAGUUUUAAAGAAUGCAAGAGAUCAGGGAGGUUUCCAAUUUAAUGUAUCUCCUUUACCUGAAUUCCCACUAGCUCAAGAUCUAUGUAUUAGGCUUUUGCAAUGGGAUCCUAACAGAAGAAUCAGAUCCUGUCAACAAGCUCUAAAACAUCCUUGGCUCCUAGAUUCAUUUAAAUACAAUCCUAUAGGACCUAUAUAUCAAAGAAUACAGUCAAAUUGUAUAAAUAUAACACAGAGCCUUGCUAUCAAAGAUGAGAAAAAAGAAACUGAGUUAAAGUCAUCACCAUAUCAGCAGAUCUGUCUUCCUAUAUCAGCACGUAUAUCUACCCAUAACUAUCAUUAUCAAAUGUAA